AUGCCGCGAUCAUCUUCCGGAGAGCCGACCAAACCGUCCAAGCGAAAGGGCACCAGAAGUGUUUCGACCCUGACGCCCUCACAGCUGGCACGCAAGCGGGCCAACGAUCGUGAGGCUCAGAGAGCCAUCAGAGCCAGGACCAAGGAGCACAUUGAGCGUCUGGAGCGUGAACUAGCCGAGCUCAAGGGCGUCCAGAGCCGCGACAGAAAGGUGCAGGAGCUCCUCCGUCGGAACAAGUUCCUCGAACAGGAGAUUGCCCGGCUCCGGGAGCACAUGGGCUACACCGCCACGGACUCGUCCUAUUCCUCGAAUUCCGCAGGUACGCCAGGUACCAUGCCCAACAACGCUCAUGACCUUUACUUUGGGCCGCUAACUCCAGGUCCAUCAGUCUACGACGACAAUCUCAGCUCGGGCAGCGGUGCCGUGCCGAGCCCGAGGGUGUCGCCUCUGCCCUCCAGUGACUUCAACCAGAUCCCCGACUACGCACAGCAGUCGUAUGGCCACAUCACAGGCGCCGGCGGCGAGGCGUGGCCAGCGUCCGUUGCGCCAAACCCCGUCCUGGGCAACAUUUCCAGCCCCUCGUCUCCCGCCCACGGCGAGGAGUACAGCGCAGCCUACAUUCCCACGAGCGUCCCCUCGAUGAUCCCGGCCACUCUCAAGGACAUCAAGCAGGACUACGACGAGAUGGACCACGGCAGUGGCCUCAGGCUCAACACCUCAACUCUGCAUAAUUUGCCACAGGCAUAUAUGCAGCAACACCAGCACCAGCAACAGAACCAGCACCAGCAUCAGCACCCUCAACACCCGCAGCACCACCACCACCAGCAAGCGGCGCCGCCGCCGCCACCGCUGCACGCGUACGCUCAACAGCACCAGCAACAACCGCCGCCUCACCCUGCGCACAGCGCAUCGCCUCACACGCCGCUACAGCAGCGAACUCCGCAGUGGAAUGCCGCGUAUUCUUUAUACUACCCUCCAGAGAUGGCCGAUAGCCACGCCAACCCUGGCAUUCCUCGAUGA